GAUAUCUUUGCCAUAAAAGAAGAUAUGGCAGUAUACAGACAGAGCUAAUUUUUCUCCUCAGAUCUUUAUUCAUUUCUCUGCAGCUAAAAAAACCAGAGAGAGAUUUCAGGGUUCGAGCUUUAUCUGAAAACACACAGGGGGAAAAGUAGAUUAGGGUUAGGGUUAUUGUUGUUGAAUUGAAAAUUUGAAAAAUAUGGCGCAAGCAGUUGAAGAAUGGUACAAGCAGAUGCCCAUUAUCACUAGAUCGUAUCUAACAGCAGCCAUUAUCACCACAAUUGGAUGUUCUCUCGAGAUAAUAUCUCCGUAUCAUUUGUAUUUGAAUCCAAGGCUAGUGGUUCGGCAGUAUGAAUUCUGGCGUCUCAUCACUAACUUUUUGUACUUCCGUAAGAUGGACUUGGACUUCUUAUUUCACAUGUUCUUCCUUGCACGUUACUGCAAGCUCCUUGAAGAGAAUUCUUUCAGAGGAAGAACCGCUGACUUUUUCUACAUGCUCUUAUUUGGUGCUACUGUUUUAACCGGGAUCGUUCUUGUUGGUGGAAUGAUUCCUUAUGUUUCAGAAUCUUUUGCUAAAAUAUUCUUCCUUAGCAAUUCGUUAACCUUUAUGAUGGUUUAUGUGUGGAGCAAGCAGAACCCCUUUAUCCAUAUGAGUUUCUUGGGUUUAUUUACUUUCACUGCAGCUUAUUUACCAUGGGUUCUUCUUGGAUUUUCUGUACUUGUUGGUACAAGUGCUUGGGUGGAUCUGCUGGGAAUGAUAGCAGGUCAUGCAUACUACUUCCUGGAAGAUGUGUAUCCUCGGAUGACUGGUCGUCGCCCUCUUAAGACUCCUUCAUUUAUCAAAUCACUAUUUGCAGAUGAGAAUGUCGUGGUUGCGAGGCCUGCAAAUGUGAGAUUUGCUCCCCCGCCUGUAGACGAAGUUCACCAAGAUUAAGCCAAAACCAAGCAAAGUAGAAUACUAAAUUUUCGUGAGUUCAUUAUAAUCUAUAUGGCAGUGACUAAAUGCAACCCAUGGUUGGACUAGAUGCAACCCACAACUAAAUACAUAAAUAUUUGUUAACCAGUGUAGUGUGGGUUAGAAAAACCCAGUUCAUCACUGUGUAUAUCUACUAGAAGAUCAUGUUUUCUUGACUGUAAUGUUUUCUCCAUUGUGUUUCUUCAAUUUUUUCUUUCUCUUUCGGAGAUCCCAAAACAAUUAUGUAUAGCGGUAAGAUUAAAUUUGUAAGACCUAAUUUGUUAGGUUAGAAAUUAGGGAUACUAAGUAAACAAUUAAUUUGAUCAAGGAACGUUAUGGAUUUUUUCUUUCAAAAUUA